UUUGACACUUUGUUAUCAGAAUUUACGAAAUUAAAUUUUAAUUACAUUUUCCUUAAAUUAUGUGAAUUAUUUUAGGGAUAUUGGCAAAAUUUCAACCAAAAAUGGCCUUUCCGAAGAUAGAAGGCUAUGUAGUGACGGAAAAGCUUGGAUCUGGGAGCUAUUCUACGGUUUAUAAAGCUUAUACAAAAGUGGGAGCCCGUUCCAUAGUGGCAAUUAAAUGCGUGGACAAGUCUAGAGUGAAGCACUCGGGGUCUGCCAUAGACAAUCUGAUCAUGGAGAUACGUCUGCUAAAGACGUUAACACACCCCCACAUAGUGCACAUGAAGCAUUUUACUUGGGACGACAGAAACAUCUACAUCAUAAUGGAAUACUGCUGUGGAGGCGACCUCUCCAAGUACAUUCAUAGAUAUGGAAGAGUGCCUGAAAAACAGGUGCUGUAUUUUCUGCAACAACUAGCGUCUGCAUUGAAAUUUUUAAGAGAAAAAGGUGUAGUACAUAUGGACCUUAAACCUCACAAUUUAUUACUACAUAAGGAUUCGAACGGGAAAUACAUGCUUAAAGUUGCUGACUUUGGGUUUGCUCAACAUAUGGCUGAGGAGACAAAGCAGUGUGUGAGGGGGUCUCCUCUAUACAUGGCGCCAGAGAUGUUGUGUGGGGAAUACGACGCUAGAGUCGACCUGUGGAGCGUAGGUGUAAUAAUGUAUGAAUGUCUAUUCGGGAGGGCGCCGUACUCGUCAAAUACAUUCAAGGAACUCGUUGAUAAGAUACAGAAACAGGCUCCUAUAGAGAUCCCCCCCAACUCAUCAAUAUCCCCCGGCUGCGCGGACCUGCUGACCAGGCUCCUGCAGCACGACCCCAACAAGCGGAUCUCGUACGAGGACUUCUUCAACCACGAGUACCUCGACCUCGAGCAUAUGCCUAGCAAGGAGAAUUAUGAAAAGGCUGUGGCGUUAAUAAAGCAGGCAAUAGAACUGGAUUCUUCAGGUCAUCUGCAGCAGGCGUUCGAAGCUUACAGGGAUAGUUUGUUGUACCUGGUUCCCGCUGUGAGCCGAGAAAGCGAUGGGGUUAGGAAGAGCGCGCUUACUGCCAAGUUGACCAGAUACAUGGAAAGAGCUGAAGAAAUCAAACAAUACCUGAAGUCUCCCGACGGUCACGUGGUGGAUGUGUCGCAGUUGAGACAACACGCGGCCAGGCGUGUGGACGUGGCGCGCCGCGCCGUGCCCGCCUGCUGCACGGGGGCGCAGUCCACGGCCAGCCGGGAGUUCACUCAAUACAGACAGGCAAAUUGCAAUCCUUGUGUAUGUACAACACAGUCGGAAUCCACGGAGAAUGGACAGUGUGCCUGUCAGCCUACAGGGUCGAUAGAGGUUAAUGGAGUGGAAGAAAUGCCUACUGAUAGCGGGUCAACGUCGCAACCAGAGACGGCUCCUCUGGAGAACCACACGAAGACCAAGGAGAGCAAUGCUGGCAGAUUCACAUUUAAGCGGUUCUUCGGAAGAAACAACUCUAUGCCCUACUUGGAAACGAAAGACUCCAGCAUCGUGGCAGACGACUCAAAGAAGCAGAAAACAGAAGAUGUUCCCGGUGAUGUUUGUCGAAUAACGUGAAGAAAACAAUUGCGCCGUGUCACAUUAAACUGUUCGCUAAAUUGAACUAGAAGUCUCACUAAAUGUCUAAUAUGUUAGUGCGACAGGGUUCUAUAUUAGACUUUGAUUGUAUCGCUUAAAAGGCUAGGGAGUUUUUGGCGGGAACGGAAACGGGACGGUUGCUUUCUUCAUUGAAUAAUCUAAAUAAUCAAUACAAAGUAGGGUUUUGUGGUUAAUGAUCGCAUUAAGUUAGUCGGAAGACAUUCGCGAGUGUUAUUAUAUUGGAGUAUUCAAUAAACAAAGUGUAUCUGCCUAUUUUCGCUUCGUGUCAAGAAGCCGCUUCAUAACUCGAAAGUUUAUGCGGACUUUCGAGUUAAUUCGUUUGGGGUUCGGAGUAGGAGUCUACUCCGAGGGUGGGGGCUUAGGUUUCAUCAUCAUCACCUUUCAUCAUUUCAUUAAUCAUCAAGAAAAAAAAUACGUAAGACUUGGCUGUAUGGGCAUAGUUCCCUUUGCCUUGACCUUCGGGAAAACCAAACAAAAGGCUAGUUUCCAACUAGUCAAAUCAGUUACUUUUUACUAAACGUCAAAACACGAAAUUACUAUGGAAUUUGUAUGAGAAAGCACACUGUGACGUCAUAAAUAAACAUGACAAAAUGUCGCACUUAUUAUUACAUUUUUCUUUAUUAAAAUUCCUAAAUAAGUUAAAUAGAAAAAAGAAAACGAUUUUUGUCACCUUUAUAUCUAUCUGUCUUUUAGUAAUCAGAAUUUCAUAAUUUAUCUUUGACCUAGGAAAUUACACAAAUGCGCCAGUUUGCAAUCUAUUGAUCAUCAUCAUCAUCAAUUUAAGAGCCGCGCUCUUGUCGGUGUAGCAAUUUCCAUGCUACUUUUUAGGGAAAAAUAGGGCAGUGGGAUCUAUCGACACAAGUAUCAAUUGACACAAGUAUCUAUCGACACAAGUAUCAAUUGACACAAGUAUCAUUUGACACAAGUAUCAAUAGACACAAGUAUAAAUUGACACAAGUAUCAAUUGACACAAGUAUCAAUUGACACAAGUAUCAAUUGACACAAGUAACAAUUGACACAAGUAUCAAUUGACACAAGUAUCUAUCGACACAAGUAUCAAUUGACACAAGUAUCAAUUGACACAAGUAUCAAUAGACACAAGUAUAAAUUGACACAAGUAUCAAUUGACACAAGUAUCAAUUGACACAAGUAUCAAUUGACACAAGUAUCAAUUGACACAAGUUUCCGCUUAGGUAAUGUAAAGUCUAAAAUAAGAUAUAAUAUUUAUUGCAUUCCUGAUGUUUUACAGAGGUUUUUCCUGGUGUAUUUAUCUAUUUAAGGAAACAUAAGCAAAUAGAUCACUCCUCUCUUUUUCUCUUAUUUAAAGAAACAGUGUGAUAAGAGAGAUGUGGUGUAAAAGACGAUAUAGUGACUAAGAUUGAGAAGGGAAUGUUAAGUUUCAGUUUAUUUCAGUUUCAGUUUAUUUAUUUCUGAACAAUUUUUACAUUGUGUCGAAAAUUAUACAAAAAAUAAUAAUAAUAACAAUACAUUGUUUUAAGUUUACGCGGUUGUUAUCAUAAUUAAAGCACAUAGUAACGGGUUCUUACCGGGUUUAAACGCGGUAAGAACCCGUUACUAUGUGCUUUAAUUACGGGAAUGUUAAGUUGGUUUGUACACGUAGAGCGGAUGAAGGAUAAUAGGAUUACGAAAGCAGUAUAUAAAGCGAAGGUUGGUGGUAGGGCUGGCAGAAGACCCAGAAGGCCGUGCAUAGACCACAUUGGAGAUGUCCUUAGAAAAAGUUCAGUAACAUUACAUUGCAAGCGAAUGUUUGCGGUGAGGGAAUACCUUUAUAUAAGUUUUGGUAAUAUAAUAUGAGUACAACAAUGGUGCUAAUUCCUGUAAACACCAUCUAAUUUUAUUUUAAGUUGUAUCUGUCGUUUUCUUAUCCGCUGAAAAGGAAAGGGACGAGUAAUCGACAAGCAUAAAAUUUAUGGAACACACGUCAAUUUUAAGCAGAAAUCCAAAACCGUCUAAAAAUUUUACUUCGGCCAAUAACCCGAUAGAAUUCAGUAGACAGCACGUCAAAUGGUUUGCAUACCAGCGAGAUACCUUUUUGAUUCGCCCGGGUUAUUCGUUCAUUUACUCAUUCUUCCUAAAAUUAAGAGCUGUCAAUCAUCCGUCCCUUUCCUUUUCGGUGGGUAAGAAAAUGACAGGUAUAACUUAAAGUAAAAUUAGGAGGUGUUUGCAGGAAUUGGGGCCAACAUGAGUACAACAAUAUGUCUUGUGAAUUGUUUUUGUUUGUGAUAAUAUUUGUUUUAUUUGCAAGUUUAAUAUUAUUAAUAAAUGUGUUUUUUUUU